AGAUACGGUAUCAUACUGUGCGUACAAUACAGUGGUGUGUAUGAUACUGCUACAGUGAUUUGUUUGCUCGCCUGGGGGACGGAGAAUUCGCGGCCCCAGAAACACACCUCCCUCGAUACCCUUCUUCCUCUCUCCCCCCGCCCAAUGCCCCUCCCAUUCUACCCAAGCCUCCUUUACCUUCUCCCACCUAUAGUCUCCGCAAUAUCCUACCUUUGUUAUCAUUCCACCCUCACACCGCUAUCAUUAAUCAACAGUACUUUUCCAUUGGAAGAGGUGAAGAUCAUAACAACACCCAUCUCCGCAUCCACCUCCGCAUCCACCGUUAUGACUAGUGCCGCAGCCAUCGUGGUUCCAGCUGCCACCAGACACACUGCCACAUUUAUCUUUCUUCAUGGUCUCGGGGACACCGGUGCCGGAUGGUCUUUCGUGUCCGAGAACUUUCGCCUCCGCAGAAAAUUUGACGAAUGCUCUUUCAUUUUUCCGCAUGCACCAAUGAUUCCGGUUACCCUGAAUAUGGGUAUGAGAAUGCCUAGCUGGUUCAAUAUUGCCUCUCUCACAAAUAUUCAGGCCGCCGAAGACGAAGCUGGGAUACUGGGAAGUGCUCGGAAUAUCCAUGCAAUCAUCGAAGAGCAGAUUGAUAAAGGAAUUUCUAGUGAGCGAAUUAUCCUUGGUGGAUUCUCGCAAGGCGGCGCGCUUGCUCUUUUGGCUGGCCUUACUUCCAAGCACAAGCUUGGCGGCAUUAUUGGACUUUCCGCUUGGCUCCCUUUGCACCAGAAGAUUGAGUCCUUGGUCUCCGAAGAGAACAAAAAUACUGAUAUCUUCCAGGCUCAUGGGGAGUCGGACAGAACGGUCCAAUUCAAUUGGGGCAAGCUCACCAAGGAGAUUUUGCAGGAUAAGUUGGGCCACAAUGUGGAAUGGCAUUCAUACCCUUUGCUUGAGCACAGCGCAGAUGCCCAGGAGAUUGCGGAUAUGGAGGAGUGGUUGCACACACGGUUACCCCCUACAAGCUCAUAAAAGAAGAAUACUUGAAAAGGGUGUUCUGCUAGCUCCGAGGUUAAUUUAUAUCUCUGAUUAUAGCACUAGACAUGUCUAAAUUGAAAUACACCAUUUGAGCCGGUACCAGUGCUCGAGUACAGUA